UACGAGCAUGGCGAGGAAAUGCAGGAUUCAGAAGAGAUUCUCUACCCCUCUUCUUCACCACAAUGUCGGGCGUCGAGAUUCACACCCUUCCCGCCACUUCCCCGGGGAGCAACGCCCCGAAACUGAACAAAUGGUCGAGUGUUGUAACUCAGGACAAGUCGAAAGGGUCGGCUCAGGCGAUGUUGUAUGCCACUGGAAUGACCGAGGAUGACAUGAACAAGCCUCAGAUCGGGAUUUCACCUAUUUGGUGGGAAGGGAACCCUUGCAACAUGCAUCUCCUUGAUUUCGCCCGGAAGGUGAAACAAGGCUGUGAACAGGAAGGUCUCGUAGGCAUGACCUUCAAUACAAUCGGAGUCAGUGAUGCCAUUACCAUGGGCACAGAUGGAAUGCGAUAUUCACUACCGAGUCGCGACCUCAUAGCGGACUCCAUCGAAGCAGUUGUGAUGGCAGAAUACUACGACGGCAACAUAUCGAUUCCGGGGUGCGACAAGAACAUGCCUGGCUGCUUUAUCGCUGCUGCCCGUCACAAUCGCCCAACCAUCAUUAUUUAUGGCGGGACAAUUCAACCUGGUAUUCGCCAUGUUGACUGCCCCGCGAUGGGCAAGAAGAAAGGCGACACCGUCAACAUUUCUGACACGUUCGAGUCUUUCGGGGCAUACACUCUCGGCAAGGUCAACGACGAGCAGCACUUCGAUGUCGUCCGUCAUGCCUGCCCUGGCCCUGGUGGCUGUGGCGGUAUGUACACAGCCAACACCAUGAGUACGGCUUUGGAAGUGCUUGGAAUGUCACUGCCCUACUCUUCGGGUAUACCGGCCGUCUUUCCUGAGAAGGCGCAAGAAUGUUUCAAGGCCGCAAAGUACAUGAAGCGGCUUUUGGAGCUUGACCUGAAGCCGAAAGAUAUUGUCACCCGACAAUCCUUCCUAAAUGCGAUCACCGUUACCAAUAUCGUUGGCGGCUCGACGAAUGCCGUAUUACAUUUGCUUGCCAUGGCUAGGGCUGCCGAUGUGGAACUCAGCAUCGAUGAUUUCCAAAGGAUAGCUGACAAGACUCCUUAUCUGUGUGACCUGAAGCCGUCCGGCAAGUACUACAUGGAAGAUCUACACAAGAUCGGCGGGAUACCGGCUUUACUGAAGUAUCUACUUAAUCACACCGACCUGCUCGAUGGCAGUACUAUGACUGUCACUGGCAAGACACUCGCCCAGAACUUGGAGGACGUCGAAGAGUUGCAGUUCGACAGCCAAGACGUCGUCCGGAGGAUCGACAAUCCCUUGAAGCCCACUGGUCAUUUGAACAUCCUGAAGGGUAAUUUGGCGCCGGAAACUGCGGUUGCUAAAUUGACCGGCAAGGAAGGUAGCAAAUUCGAGGGCGUAGCCAAAUGUUUCGAUGACCUUUCUCAAUUCUACCCCUCAUUGGCGGCGGGAGAGAUCAGGCCAGGUACAGUCUUGAUCUUCAGAUACCAGGGUCCCAAAGGAGCGCCUGGUAUGCCAGAGAUGUUAGGCCCUACCGGUGCACUUAUCGGUGCCGGCUUAGGCAAUAGUACUGCUCUGAUCACUGACGGGCGGUUCUCUGGUGCCUCUCACGGCUUCAUCAUUGGUCAUGUCUGCCCCGAAGCGAGGGUAGGGGGUCCGAUUGCUCUGGUCAAGGAUGGAGAUAGGAUCGUCAUCGACUCCGACAACAAGGUCAUUAACUGGCAUGUCGACGAAGAGGAGCAGGCCAGGCGUCGUAAGGAAUGGGAGGCUUCGGGGAAGUCGGAGCUGACGGUUAAGAGAGGUGUGUUGUACAGGUAUGCUCGGGAUGUUGCUUCUGCGAGCGUCGGUGCCUACUGCGACUAGAUGAAAUGUUAGACGAGCAUGCCAAUGUGAUGUCUGGAGAGGUAGCAAUGAGAGCGAAUAGCAUGUGCCGCAAAGAAUGAAUACAGUAUCAAUCCGCAAUGUACCAUCACUAGGUCAGCAGGUGCGAUCUCCGCUGACUGAGGCUGCC